AUGCCUUUCUCGCCUGGCAUGCCCAUCUUUCCCGCUAGCCCUGACCGCGGCGUAGGCACAGCAUUAAAGUACGGAGGCUCUCAAAACGGCUCACCAGUCAUGUCGCCAUCGACUCCGACCCUCCGGCCCAAUUCCCCAUUGCGACACACGCACCGCCGAACCGACUCGGACGUGUCCGUUACAGCACUUACGGGCAUGUUCGAGAACCUCGAGGUUAAGGACCCCCGCGAAGCAUGCAAACGCUUCAAAGAGCUGCUUGACAAGGAGAGGAUACGAAAUGGUGAGAAGCUCAACAAGAUUGCCAAGGAACACGCGAAGAAGGAAAAGGAGCACGAAAUGGCGCUAAGCCGGCGUGAUAUGCGUAUCGACGAGCUCAAGAGCGAACUUGAGCACGCAAGCGGUUCACUGGACAUGGCCAUCACCAAGGAGCGAUACGAGAAGGAGCGCAAGGCAAACAAGGCUGCCAUUAACCAAUGGGAGACAGUUUUCAAGCAGAACGAGGAGAGAUGGAAGAACAUGCAACAUAAGAUGAUUGAGGCAGAGAACCAGAGCAAGAUCUACGAAGGCAAAUACCGAAGUUACAAGAAGCAAUGGGUAGAGGCGAACAACGACAAGUUGCGACACUCGUCGAUGAUCCCGCAGCUACAGACUAAGAUCCAAGGCUUGCAGCGUAAUCUGCAGCGAGCCGAGUCGGAUGUCAAGUUCAAGACUGAGGAGGCCGCCAAGUACAAGAAUGAGGUUUACAGCUUGCAGGUCGAGCUUGAGAGUGUCAGCAAACGUCUUGACGAGGAGGUGCAGGCAUUGCAGGAGAAGUUAAGCCUAGCUGAGGGAGAACGUGACGCUCUGAAGACGAGUUUGAAAGAGGAGGAAGUCCUGCGUAUCGCUGCCGAAGGACAAAUACCACUGCCAGCAGCCGACAACGAAGAAGUUGACGAGUUCGCAUCACCAGUCCGUUCACCACGCAAGCAACACAACCCCUCCCGCAACGAUGACGACAAAGAAAAUGUUUCGCCCAAGAAGGGUGCUGUUGAGCUGCGCUUCAUACAGCAGGAGCUGGCAGCAGAGAAGCGUGCCCGUGAGCGCGCCGAGGAGCAGAUUGACUUCAUGAAGAUGGAGUGCCAGUUCCAGUGCUGUUCCUGCCGCCUGGCCGAGAACAGCGGCAAGAACUAUGUCCACGACGAUACCCUCGAGGUUGAGAUGCAGCGCAUCAAAACUUCGCUUCCUGUCUUCACACCCCCCGCUAGCGACCAAGGAGAUGAGGCGAUGGAGGACGUUGUGAAGCAGGAGCCCACUGAGGAUCAACGCCCGAUUACACCGCCAGCAGAGCAGAAUGCCAAUGAGCCAGACACGGUUGUCGCCUUCUCCCCAUCGACCGGUACCUUCCGCUCCGUCCCCUCUCCUAAGAAGAUGCAUCAGUCGGCAGAACGCAUCACGCCCGUAGAGCAAUCAACGGCAGUAGAAACAAGUAAAGCAUCCUCGUUUGCCUCCAACACACGAAUUUCGACAGUUAGAGCCGAGGAAAUCGCCCUUCCGGAGUCCCGCCCGGUAUCUCGAGUGGAGUCCGUACGUGGCCGCCAAAGUAAAUCCGUCGACAUCAGCAUCCACGAAGAUGCAUUAGAUGACAGCGAGGACGAGGAUAUGUCACCGCCACCACCAAGCCGAGAGCCCAUAGGUCCUGCCACACCGUAUUUCACGCGUACCGUCACGACCACAACUACCAUCCCUCUUCACUUCUCCCCUGCAACUCCAGCAUUCAAGUCCGGUCGGGGGCCUAUGACUCCUUCGACCGUUGCACAUGCGGCAGCUGAUGCAAAGACACCUAUCUUGGGCGAGCUGUCCCUGAACAACGUUGGCUUUGACCGAGAGGCUGCCCUUGCAGCGAUCCGUGAGCGACGCGGAAGGACUAGGAGCAUGGCCGACGGCCACGGAACGCCGAUGAAGCAGAUGAUUGCAGGCGCGGGCAGCCGAAGAGACAUCAGCGCACCUGUGUCAAGAAUCGGUAAUGGUCGUCGGGCGUGA